UGCACAACAUUAAUUAGUGUAUUGCACUUGCAUUGCGUUUACAUCCCUGUUAACUAUUAAUUUUUAAAUGACAACAAAGCAAUAGCGUAUAUAUAUAUACCAUAUACAUAUAUGCUCACUUAUAAGCCAUCUAUGGAUCAGACAAGGGAAAGCGAAAAUAAUGUCAAUGUUUAAAGCGCGUGUGAAGGAAUUCGAGGAUUUAUUCGCCCAGGAUGUGAUCGAUCUUAAGCAGUUGCGUCGCCACACAUUCAAUGGUGUGCCAGAUGUACACAGCUUUCGGGCGAUCAGCUGGAAGAUGUUGUUGGGCUAUCUGGGCUCCAAGCGCAGCAGCUGGCCUGCCACAUUAGCCAAGAAGCGUGCACUCUACAAUCAAUUCAUUGUAGAGCUUGUACUGCCGCCGGGACACACACAAAAUGGCGACGGCAACGAUGAUGGUGAUGGCGAUAAUGAAUCAAGGGGCGUUGGCCUGCAAGAUCAUCCGCUGAGCGAGGGACCAGAGAGUGCGUGGAAUACGUUCUUCAGUGACAAUGAAUUUCUGCUGCAAAUCGACAAAGACGUGAGACGUUUGUGCCCAGACAUAUCAUUCUUUCAACAGCCCACAGAGUAUCCCUGUGAAAUUGUGGUGCACAGCAAAGGGGAGCAUGGUCGAAGACUGCAUGAGCGAGUGGUACCCUCGGUGCUCAGCUCGGCAAAUGUUGAGCGCAAGGGUCUCGGCAUGACCAAGAUCAACUUGAUCACCAAACGCUCGGCGGAGAACUAUGCCGCCAUGGAGGAGGGUCAGGAAGCACAUUGGGAAGUUGUCCAGCGAAUACUGUUCAUCUACGCCAAGCUCAAUCCUGGCCAGGGUUAUGUACAGGGAAUGAACGAGAUAGUGGGACCCAUUUACUAUGUAAUGGCAUCUGAUCCUGAUCUCGAGAAUCGCACAUAUGCCGAAGCGGACUGCUUUUUUUGCUUCACUGCCCUAAUGAGUGAGAUACGCGACUUUUUUAUCAAAACACUGGACGAUUCUGAAGGCGGCAUAAAGUGCAUGAUGUCCAAGCUAUCAAAUAUGUUAAAAGCAAAGGAUAUUGGAAUAUACGAUCACCUCAAAAGCCAAGAGUUGCAUCCGCAAUACUAUAGCUUUCGAUGGAUCAAUCUCCUGCUUUCACAGGAAUUUCCACUGCCCGAUGUGCUGCGUAUUUGGGAUUCUGUGUUCUCAGAUGAGCAUCGGUUUGAUUUUCUCAUUAAAAUUUGCUGCUCAAUGAUAUUAAUUCAAAGGGAAGCCAUCCUGGAGAAUGACUUUGCUUCGAAUGUAAAGCUGCUUCAGAACUAUCCUCCAAUUGAUAUUAAUGUUGUACUGACCCACGCAGUCUCACUGGCGUAGCAUCUUCAGUUGAACGAAUUUAAGCCUCCGCUUGCCACGUGAGAUUUCUACAGUCUGAUGAGCAAUCCGUAAAGCAAUCAAAUGACGCCAAAUCGAAAAAAAACGCACUUACUGUAAACUCUUAUAAACUAUUCUAUAUUUAUACAUACAUAUGCUUUUGAUAACUUUUAAUUUUACAAAUGUUUUUCGUCAAUAAACCAAUGAAUUUUUAACGUAUACGUAUCAGUUAUCUAGGUCAUAAAAUCAUGUCAACUUAAAUUAAAUCUUGUGCACAAUAAGUAGCAUCGUCCUAACAGAACAUUCUGUAUAGUUCCUAAUUUACUUUCCCAUCUUGGGUGCAGUAUCCUUGCAAAUAGUCUGGGCGAUAAAUUCUAUUAAAGUGCGAGUCGGUCGACCAGCCAUGCCUCGUCUCAAAUACUCGUACUCCUUGCCUUCUGUGACCAUUACGUUGGUUGCAUCCUUUUAUAAAAACGUAAGUAAGUAAAUUGUAAUCAUUCAAUCUGUAAUACUCACUAUAUGCAUCCAUUGUCCACAGGGCACGAACUCGCGGAGGAAUGCAGCAGCCUUGCAGGGACGUCCACCACGUCCAAUGCCGUAGUUCUGGACAUCAGAACGGCCUCCAGCGCGAACUGCCUUGCUAUAGUAAUUCCACAGAGGGAAACGCCACACACGAUCUCCAGUAUGCAUGCUAGCAUGCUUGAUCUGCUGCCAAAGAAUUUCUGAAUUGGUAAAGACGCCACAAGCUGCUUCGUCCAAGGCCUGUCGCAUGUAGCCCGAGCAGGUACCAAUAUCAAUGAUGCACUUGGGACAGAAGUUCUGACCGUACAACAAAGCAUCGGCCAAGACAAGCACAUCCUCAUGAUCUGUACAUUGUACUUCGAUGGUCUUUCCAUUCAUCGACUUAACCAUGUCACCAGGACGGAAAGAGUUGCAUCCCACCACAUUCUCGCAAAGGGGAAUAAGACCACGAAUGUUUACGGGUAAUCUCAGACCAGCAACAGCUCUGCAUGUAGCUACCACAACUGCAGCUCCAGUCAUGUCGC